AUGGAGAAAGCUGCAGUGCUCUUCUGUCUUUUUGUGACUCUUUCUGGCUCACCUUUGUAUCCCUCUAUUAGGUUUGGGCAACGAGAUACAGCGAUCCUUAUGGCUUCUCUAGAAAGCCCAGCACAGAAUUCAGAAGAAUACGGCCCUCAGACAGAGCAAGCAGAGAUGCGAAUAGGACGUCACGCAGACGCCAUCUUCACAAACGGUUACAGGAAAGUGCUUGGACAAGUCUCUGCCAGAAAGUUUCUACAAACAAUUAUGGGCAAAAGACUUGGGGGGGAAAGCGAGAGCUACAUGAAGCGUCAGUACCAGGGGACGUACAAAGAGGACCUGACCUCCAUCCAGAGCCAAUACAGAGGACUCCUGGACGAGCUGAAGCCGAGGCUGCUGAGUUGA